GGUAAUACCCGAGACACAUUUGAAUAUAGUACUUGACAUUGAAUUGGUACCAGAUAUACGGCAGCUGACUGCAGGCGACAGCCUUCUCAAGCCGUUCAGACAUUUAGACUACAAGAAAGCGGCGUUAUUUUUGAACUUAAGCUUUUUGCUCGUUUAAGGCUAAAUAGCUCUGACCCAGGGAGAAGUGUCGCCUUCCUUCACUACUGGCCCAGUGUACAGAUUGUCCAGCACCGAAACUACCGUGAACAACAAGUGUGUUGUGUUUCCGUGUACGUCUCCGUGGCUGCCCAUUUAACUACAACACGGAACAAGGAAACACCUGAUGCCCUGCAGUUGCGCAUCUUUCACUGACUCUCAUACCACUCGUUUUCCUCUGACAACAAUACGUCCCAGAGUCCACAAAUACCAACCGAUCUCGUCAUAGGACAAUGUCUGAGGGUAAAACAGUCACUUCCAAGGCUGUGGAGCUGGAGCCCCCAGAACUAGGACCAGAGACCCAGUCCUCCCCUCGGCCCCAGAGUCAACCUGACCCCCAGAGCAACCACCCGCCCCAGAGUCAACCUGACCCCCAGAGCAGCCAGCCGCCCCAGAGCAACCAGCCGCACCAGAGCCCCCAGGCCCAGAGCUCCCAGGUCCCGGAGAGUGGUCAUCCCGAGGUAGAGACAGAGGAGAGAGGGUCUGCUGCCCCUACACCUGAUAUUGGAGCUGGACCCGGGGAUGGAGCUGGACCCGGGGAUGGAGCUGGACCCGGGGCCAAGGGGAACCGUUGGACUUCUGCACUAAAUCAGUUCAAACUCAAGAGGUUCUUUGUUUUGAGGCCUGGGACCCUGGACCAAUCCCUAGAAGACAUCAAGGCUCUGAUCAAUCAGGAGGACGGAGCUGUCCACGGUGUCUGGCUCAUGGCUGAGGUUGACCAUUGGAACAACGAGAAAGAGCGUGUAGUUCUGAUCACAGACAACUCCCUGCUGGUCUGUAAGUACGACUUCAUCAUGCUCAACAUUGAGCAGAUACAGAAAAUCCCUCUCAACUUCAUAGACCGCAUCUCCCAUGGCAACUUCAGCUUCCCCCAGCGGUCUCUCCUCAAGAGAGAAGGAGAGGGUGUGCGUGUGUUCUGGGACCGGCUAAGGGAACCGUCGUUCUCGUCUCGGUGGAACCCGUUCGCUACAGACUACCCAUUCAGCACCUUUACCUAUCACCCUGUCAGGAACAUAGACCACAGGUUCACUGCUCUCUGUGAGAUCCAGAGUUUCCGUGAGCAGCUGAUGGAGUCAGCCCAGAAGGCCCACCUAAAGAUGCCCGUCCCUGGCAAGGCCAACGGGGUCCUGGUGCUGAACCAGCCCCUGCUCAUCGAGGCCUACGUGGGUCUGAUGUCCUAUAUCGGUAACCAGAACAAACUGGGGUACAGUCUGGCACGGGGAAACGUUGGGUUUUAAUCUAGGAUUUUUUCUUUGUGCUUUUCAAUGUACAAUAACUACUUCAUUACUUAACCCUAUUUUACAGUUGUGGCCGAGUUACAGAUUUUAAGUAAUAUUGUAAAAAAAAAAAAUGGUAUACUUCGGGUUUUAAAAGCUCUAGUGAGACAUUUUUAAAUCUACAUUUGUACUUGAUUUGCUUCUGAACACUUUGUUUACAUUUAUUUAGUCAGAUUUACAGAUUUGAAGUAGUAUUGUCUAUUUGUAUUUAAUAGUACACAACAUGGAAGGAAGUGUUUUUAUUUCAUAUGUGGUUUAAAGGUGAUUUGUUGGUUGGUUUUCUUGGCUUGUUCAACUAAAGUCUGUCUAAAAUUGAAACGUAUGUAGUUCUCUAUCAUUAGGAUUACCUACAGGACUAAGGUAUUAGUCUACUGUAAUUUCAUACUCAAAUUACCAUGCCAAAUUGUUCCUGCCGUCACAGUCAAUAAAGUUUUCGCAUUACCAUC